AUGGUGUCACUAAUCUGCACUCUUCGUCACCACACGGACGAGCUCAGCUGCUGUGCCUUCUCUCCGUCCCUCCUGGCGACCUGCUCCGCUGAUAAAACUCUCCGUGUUUAUAACACAGCUGACUUCUCGGAGCUGCCCUUUUCUCCUUUGUCAGGCCACGGUUACGGGGUCCACUGCUGCUGCUUCAGCUCCUGUGGCAGCCACCUGCUCAGCUGCUCCACAGACGGGUCCAUCAUCGUCUGGAGGUCGGAUACAGGUGAGGCGACGGCCCUAUUGGAGCACCCGGCCCGCAGUCCGCUCCGAGUGUGUGCGCUGGCGCACGACUCCUCCCUCCUGCUGGCAGGGGCCUGUGAUGGCACCGUGGCCCUCUGGGACUUCUCCUGCAAGACAUUGCGCAGGUGCAGUGCAGUAAGCGAGGCCAGCGUUGUGGCUUGCUGCUUCUCUCCGUGUGGCCAAUAUUUCCUGACUGGCUGCACCCACGGAGACCUUAAACUGUGGGAUGUGGACAUCAGCCUCCUGCAUGCUGAGAAGGACGCCCACGACCUGGGAGUCACCUGCUGCAGCUCAACACCCCAGCUCAAAGUUGGUGAGUUCAGACAUCAUGGCUGCUGUGUGGAGUUUCGACUUGCCUCCUGUGGACAGGACAGCCAGCUGAAAAUAUGGAUUGUUUCCCAGCGUGAAGGAGCAGCCUGCAUCAUGAAGCUCCUUCACACUCUCACCACCCAUUCAGCUCCUGUUCUGUCUUGCGCCUUCUCCUCUGAUGGAGAUCUGGUCGUCUCAGGCUCAGUGGAUAAAAGUGUUGCAAUAUAUGACGCGAACCUGGGAAUUCUGCUCUACACUUUGAAACAGCACAACAGGUAUGUGACUGCCGUGGCUCUGUCUCCCACCAUGCCAUGGAUUGCAACCGGCUCCAUGGAUAGAACAGUGAACGUGUGGAAAAUAGGAGAUGGAGACAGCAGAACUGGUAAAUACUUAACAGGGAAUUCUUCUUCUCAGGAGCCUUCGCUGUCAGCCCACUCUGGAAGGAAGUUGCCGGGUCACUCCAGGCUGCCGGUUGCUGAUUGGUCGGAGGAGGAUGUACAGAGUUGGCUGUGCGAGGAAGGACUGGAGGAGCUCGUCUGCAACUUUAAAGCCAACAACAUCGAUGGACUAGAGCUUAGCCAGCUGAACAAGGAAACAGCUGCAGAGCUGGGAAUUGAGUCCGUGGGCCUUCGCGGUCGUCUCCUGAGGAAAAUUGAGGCCUUGAAGUCAGAGCAGAGCGGUUCAGAGGCCCCUGAUGAGUUUCUGUGUCCAAUCACCAGAGAGCUGAUGAAGGAUCCGGUUAUUGCUGCAGAUGGGUAUUCCUAUGAGCGGGAAUCCAUUGAGAGCUGGAUCAGAGGAAAGAACAAAACCAGCCCCAUGACGAAUCUGCCCCUGCAGACCACACUCCUCACCCCCAACAGAUCUCUGAAGAUGGCAAUAACACGGUGGAAGUCGAGCCAGUAGACAGCGGCUCAUUUUAGCUUGUUUGUCAGAAGCCACCAAACAGAUACUUCAUCCCUAAACAGUAAUUGCUCAUCUAAUAACGUGUGAGCUCUUAGUACCUGUGAAAGAAGUAAUUACUGUAAUAAGAGUUUUUUCUCAGGGUGCCACUCAAGAGUCCAAUUUGACAGAAUAGUCUGAAUCUGAGGUUGCAGAAAAGUCAAGGAAUGUUUGUUCAGUAAAAAACUAGUCCUAUUAAGCAAAAUGUCUGAAGUCUUGAAUGUAGCAACAACACAUUCUUCCUUUGAAAGACAUAUGAACUGCUGUUCAAAUUAAAUACUCAGGGUGGCUUAUAGUCAGUAAAGUUAGCAAACAUAAGACGCUUUAAAUUCUGAUGCAUUAUGGACAUUUAACAGGCUAAUAAUAUAGCCUGUUUUAACACCUACUAUUAACCAGUAACGGUUACUUGUGGCCUCAGUGGCUGCUAUUCAGCCGAGGUUACGUUAGCUUUAAUUAUUGGCUUAAAGGGAAACUAAGCAACAUUUGAAAGAAGAAAUCACACCCGCACUCUCCUACAAAGUUGAAUUUGUGACCAGUAAAACACAGCCUUGCUCUAAUCAGUACACUCUGAGGUUUUCCUGCUACAGCCUACUCAGUCUGCUACGAGCAGUAGCAUGCUGUGGCCAAUUUUAGCUCAUUUAACCACAUUUAGAUAUUACUGAGUCAGAUCGCUGAUAGUAUGACUCUUACUACUGUUACACAUUUUAGCAUGUCACGGACAAUAAUCUGAAUGCUUUUAUCUCAACUAUAAAACAAGUAAACACACUGUAACUCGCCUGAAAUUAAUGGAAAUUCAAUGUGAAAUUAAAGCUGCAAGCGGCGAUGGGUGGGCCCUCGCACCCCUUGCGAACCACGGGAGUCGCAGCCAGCGCAGCCACGCACAAAAGUCCUCCUAUGUCCUCUCCUCUCUCC